AUGAACCCUGCCGAAAGACAGUACGAGCAGCAGGCGACCCAUCGCAUCAAUUCCCAACGAUUCGGUUCAGGGACUCUCGACAAUAGCCAUUUCAACAUGUUGACCACCACCACCACCACCACCCCUACUUCCGAUUCAGCAACAGCUACAGCCACUGCCAAGCGCCCUCGUCUUGAAAGUGAUUACCAACGACCCCCAUUCUCAUUGCCUGCCCGAUUGCAACGUGCUGCAUUCCGCGAUCCGCUCACCAUGUCCACUGUACGCCAACCUCGUUCACUCUCAGGUCAAAGCAUGGCACGAUCGCAGUCGGUGACCCAGUUUUCAACGUUUGAGAGUGGCGAACAGCAACAACAACAGCAACAACAACAAGAGGAUAUGGCAGUUGACGAGAAUGUGUGCAUUGGCAUGAUCAAGACCGAUAUUGUUACAGUGAGAGUGAUCGAUUUGGUCAAGGAUGAUCAUUAUGAACCGGUCAAUGUCAUAUCUGAAGGGAAACGUGAUCAUGUCAAUUACUCCUUUACGGUAACAUCUCGUGGUACAACGCGGAAAUUUUUUGGUUGGGUCCCUUUUGAAGAUACCAAGAUCCUGGGGCCUCUUGUCGAUCACAAGCUGAUCUGGUGGGAUGCUGUUAUUCCUCGCAACAAGGCCAAUCAUGCACGCACGCCACUUUACAUUAUUCUUUAUUGUCAACCACGUCACACGGAGUGGGUCUUCAGGAUGUUCGAAGCUCAUCGUGCCUCCUUGUUCGAUCCACCUUUCUUCAAUCCAGCAUGUCGAUACCAUAAUCCAUUCUCCAACAAAUCAUCAGCAUCUAUCUCAUCAUCUUCAUUCUCAUCUACUGGUACUCCUGCUAGUACUUCUAUGGAUACGCUUGAGCAGACACGACGUGACAUUGCCCAGCUUCUUGACAGCAUCCCAGCUAAUGAUGACGACUCAAACAACCAGCAACCACAUGAACAACAAGAACAGCAACAGCAACAACAGCAGCUUACUUCUCAAGACAACAACCAAGAGAACAACAACAUGAUAGAUGGUCUUUUGGUACCCUUACUACCGCAUCAGCAUCGUGGCGUCAAGUGGAUGUUAGACCGAGAAAACAAUGAAAGCAGCUCGGGUGGUAUAUUGGCAGAUAUGGGACUGGGUAAGACAAUCCAAACGAUUGCAUUGAUGGCGUCAACAAUGGCACAACAUGAAUCCGAAGCUCGGCGUAGCACUUUGAUCGUUACACCACUUGCUCUUAUUCAACAAUGGGCAAAUGAAAUUCGCACCAAGACUCAACCUGGCAAAUUGAAAGUGCUUGUAUACCAUGGUUCCAAUCGAAGCAAAGAUCCUGCUACGUUUGCCAAUUAUGAUGUGGUGGUGACAACAUAUCAAGUGGUGGCUUCAGAUAUGCCAAAUACAUCCAAAAGAGGCCGACGACGUCAACAAGGAGAAGAAGAGUCAAGUGAAGGAUUAUCAUCGGCAGCAGCUACACCUACACCCGAUGAUAGUGUCAGCCCAUCCAGCAGUGCACCCAAUUCACCAAGCCCAGCUUCGCCAUCCAUAGAGUCUUAUGGUCCUUUGUUUCAAAUAGAGUGGCACCGCGUAGUACUUGAUGAAGCUCAACAGAUCAAGAAUAAGAAUACUCGUUCGGCCAUCUCUUGUUCAGAAUUGCGAUCUCGAAAACGAUGGUGCUUGACAGGGACACCCAUGCAGAAUCAUGUGGAUGAACUUUACAGCCUCUUGCGCUUUUUACGUAUUCCGCCCCUCGACAAUUAUCAAACAUUCAAAAAGACCGUCUCGGUGCCUAUUCAGAUGGGACAAGGAGAGCUUGCCUUUGAACGUCUCAAAGUGGUGUUGAUGGCUGUCAUGUUGCGACGUACCAAGAAAAUUCUUCACACAAGCAAUGCAGAAUCAUCAUCAUCAUCAUCAUCGUCAUCGACAAACCACGUGUCAGGGUCACCGGGGAGCUCGCACGAGGCGCUUUCACUUCAGCUACCAUCUCGUGACAAGAAGGAUGUUGUUUUGGAUUUCAGCAAGAGCGAGCGUGUUCUUUACGAGUUGUUGAGUGCCAAGACCAAGUCGACCGUGGAACAAUUAUUUCGUGCUGGCAAGGGCGAACGCAACUAUCUCAACAUGUUAUGCAUGCUACUAAGACUCCGCCAAGCAUGUGAUCAUCCCCAAUUGGUAUUACGAUCCAUUCGAGCUGAUCAGGAUGCAUUGGAUCUCGCUACGGGUGGUAACAACAACACCAACACCAACAAUAAUAGAAAAGAAUUCAGCGAAGCUGCAGUACAACGAGCACUUUUGGCCAAAAUGGCCAUUGAUCUCGGCUGGCAAUCCUCCAAUACCACGGCCAUGGCAAGCUUGGGUCUAGAUUCGUCAUCAUCCUCUUCAUCCUCAUCAUCCCCGGCAAAUCUAUGUGAACUAUGUGGAGGACCAUUAGCCAAUGCGGAUGGAUCAUUUUGCGCUCCAUGUCAAUCCCAAAUAGAGCAGUGCACUGAAGGAUCCUUGCCAACGACAAGUACCAAGAUUAACAAGAUGCUUGACAUUCUCGACGAGACACGAAGGAAUCAUCCAAAGGAAAAGACCAUUAUUUUCUCACAGUUUACUUCCAUGUUGGAUUUGAUGGAAGAUCCAUUACGUCGAUCAGGUUUCAAAUAUUGUCGGUAUGAUGGAUCCAUGUCUAACCAUUUGCGGGAAAAGAGUCUGGAGGCAUUAAGGAAUGAUCCCGAAUGUACUGUCAUGUUGAUUUCAUUGAAGUGUGGUUCAUUGGGUCUUAAUCUCACAGCGGCCAAUCAUGUGAUCCUAAUGGAUAUCUGGUGGAAUCCUGCAGUAGAAGAGCAAGCCAUUGAUCGAGUGCACAGAAUCGGUCAACGUCUUCCCGUCCACGUUGUGCGACUCGUCAUGGAUCGUACAAUCGAGCAAAAGAUUAUCCAGCUUCAACAGAAAAAGGCUCAAAUGGUACAAGGUGCACUUGGUGAUGGUGUGAUCAAGAAUACCAAGCUCACGAUGAAAGAAAUCCGGACACUCUUUGAUUUGUAA